CCGCCAGGCACUUCCCCUCCGGGAAAUCCAGUCGCGGAGAGGCGGCGGAGCGAGCCGGGAGCGCGGGAGGGAGGCACCUUCAACUCUUGCAGGACGACGCGGAUUUUGCGCGCUUGAGGAGCCCCAACCCCUUGGAAGAGACACUGCAGGCGCUGCCAAGUCCCAGCUUCAGCUUCUGGCAUCCCCAGUUCAAAGGACUGGGUAGCAGGUGGUGAGGAAAGCUUCUGCCUGGCAGCCACUGCUGAUAAGAGGAGCCCAGCCUUCUCCAACCUGGUUGCCAUGGGAUGGGAAUUGAAAUCCAAAACAACUGGAAGGUUGGCACAGAUGGACAAAUAGUGUGGCCUGGUGUGAAGAGGUUUCCUGUGCCCUCCUGCCCCUGUUCUUCAUUCUUUUUUCAGACAGUCAUGUUUGAUCAAGUCUGGCACCUGUGGUUCAUCUCUGCUCUUGGAGCUGCGAGUCUCUCUGCCCAGCAGAUCAGCCCAUUUUGCGAUGCCACUCACUUUUGCAACUAUUCUUCAAGGGCUUUACGUGCAGUUCCUUCUGGACUAGCAGAUGAUAUUGUGAAGCUGGAUUUGACCUCCAACAGUAUAGAGCACAUCAGGGAAGAGGAUCUGAAGUUUGCUGUCAAUCUGAAAACUCUGUUGCUCCAAUCUAACCAAAUUCGGACAAUUGAUGAGAAGGCCUUCCGCUCCCUUGUAAAGCUGGAACACUUGGAUUUAUCAAGGAACAAACUGCCUCAUUUGUCAUCCUCUUGGUUCAGGCCCCUUUCUUCCUUACAGAAGUUGAACCUAAUAGGUAACUGCUACCAGAUUCUUGGGGAAGCUCCACUGUUUUCUGAAUUGCCAAAGCUGAGAUACCUGUACUUUGGAAAUGACAACUUCUCUGCUUUACAGACACAAGACUUGGAAGGAAUUUCAACUCUUGAAGAACUGGAAAUUGAAGGACACAACCUCAAACAAUAUGUAGCAGGAACUCUGAAAUCAAUUAAGUUGAUAAAUCACAUUAUGUUGAAUAUUCCCCCCACUGCCACUUUAGCUGCAAUUAUAUAUGAUGUUACAGAUUCUGUGGUGUGUCUUGAACUGAGAAAUAUACAAAUCCUUGAUAUGCCGCCCAUUCCCUAUUCUGGUCCAGUGCUUCUUACAGCUGUGCAGAAAGUUAUCCUUAGAAAUGUUGAACUUUCGGAUACGUCUGUCAUUCGGAUUGCACCCAUAUUUGCCCUUAUGAAACAAAUGCAAGAGGUAGAAAUAGUAGAUUGCACGUUUGAAGGUACUGGGCAGUUUUAUGGUGUUCCAGAUACUCCAACUUCCCUGCAAGUGAUAACAGUCAGAAAUUUGACAAUUACCAAGUUUUAUUCCUUUUCAGAUCUUUCUUCUGUGAAGUCUCUUGUAAGGAACUUUACCAGACUUACACUUGAAAAUGCAUUUGUUUAUCUAGUGCCCUGUGAUCUUGCAAGGAGCUUCCAUUCCAUCGUGUAUCUUGAUUUCAGUGGGAAUUUGUUGCUAGAUCCGUAUUUGAAAGCAUCAUUCUGUGUGAAUGCCUGGCCUAGACUACAAACUUUAAAUGUCAGUCGAAAUGCUUUGAAGCAGAUUUCAGUAGUAGCAGAAAGUGUAGCUCUUAGACGGCAUCUUAUUAACUUGGAUAUAAGUCAAAAUAACUUUGAAGAAAUGCCAGCCUCGUGCGUUUGGCCCAGAAGUCUGAAAUUUUUAAAUAUAUCUGGCUGUAAAUUAAACAUGCUCACAAACUGCAUUCCUCAAAGUCUCGAAGUACUGGAUGUUAGCCAUAAUAACCUCAAAGACUUCAGACUGAGCUUGCCUGACCUGCAGGAGCUUUACAUCAAAAACAACAGAUUGACAACCCUACCGGAUGCUGCCUCAAUUCCUAGUGCUAGAAUCAUAAAUAUUAGACAAAACCAAAUAUUCGACUUCAAUGAGCAGCAACUUGUCAAAUUUGCAAAAAUUGAGAAACUGGAUGCGCGUUACAACAGUUUCCGCUGCUCGUGUGAAUUUGUAUCCUUCACUCAGUCGCAACAAGGACCAUCUAAUGUCUUUGUUGCGUGGCCAGAAAACUACAUCUGUGACUCUCCGGAGCAUGUAAGAGGGAAGCAAGUGGGAGCUGUUCAGUUUCGGCCCUCUGACUGCCACCUGACUUUGAUGGUGUCCUUAAUCUGUAUCCUGAUGCUGUUGAUCGUUGUGGCAGCAGCAGUUCUUUGCCACAAGCUUCAUGCCAUCUGGUAUAUGCAAAUGACCUGGGCGUGGCUUCAAGCAAAACACAAGCCCCAGAGAAACCAGAAGAAAGAAACCUGCUAUGAUGCCUUUGUUUCCUACAGCGAGCAGGACUCUGAAUGGGUGGAAAACGUCAUGGUGCAGGAGCUGGAGCAAGCUAAUCCCCCAUUUAAACUCUGCCUCCAUAAAAGGGAUUUUACGCCUGGCAAAUGGAUUGUGGACAACAUUAUCGACUCCAUUGAGAAGAGUUCCAAAACUCUGUUUGUGCUGUCGGAGCACUUUGUACAAAGCGAGUGGUGCAAGUACGAACUCGAUUUCUCUCACUUCCGGCUUUUUGAUGAGAACAACGAUGCAGCAAUUCUGAUCCUUCUGGAGCCCAUUCCAGAGAAGACCAUCCCCAAAAGGUUUUGUAAGCUCAGGAAACUAAUGAAUACAAAAACAUACCUUGAAUGGCCAAGGGAUGAAGUUCAAGAGCAAAUAUUUUGGUUUAAUUUGAAAACGGCAAUAAAAUCUUAGCAGAGACUGUAGGGUACAUAGGGAUGGGAGAAUCUGGGGGUUCCUGUUUCUCAGCUUCUCAUUUUGCCAGGCUUAAGUUUUCCACAUUUUUACAACAGUUUGCACUUAAAAAAAAAAGUCCUUAUGAGAAUUCAGCUAAUUUUUCCUUCAUAUGCACAUUUCUGCAAAACCGUUUCGCACGAUGUAUAGGCAUUUUUUAUGUGCCCAUGACCUCGGCACAUGCAUUGUUUGCAAUACGUGGUUGAAAAACUGCAUUGUGAAAUUCAGAGAGUUUUGAAGGGUGGCUGCAUUUCGGUACAGUUUCAGAAAGUGCAAAUUAUUUGAGUUUGCCUUUAAAUGUGAACUGGAUCAAAUUUCUUCCUUGUCCCUGAUGUAUGUGAUCCUUUCGGUCUGAGCUGUGUGCUCCACUCUUAUGUGAAGCAUAUAAGAGGGUAGGCAGUUGGUAGUUGGGAUGAGCAGCAGGGCCGGCCCUACGGCCAGGCUGGGUGGCGCAGGGCACCACGGCACCGGGCACCACGGCGCCGGCCUGCCAGGAGGGCGCCAUGAGCAGCGCCCGCCUGCUGGCCGGCCGGUCCGCCACGCAGCUGCACCCAUGGCAACUGCGCUGUGCCUGCCCACCCGCCCACCACGCUGGGAAAUGGGGUGGGAGGGCGCCGGAAGGAUCCGGCGCACCAUGGUGCCAGGGGCGCUUAAGACAGCCCUGAUGAGCAGAUUAAAAAAGAGAGGGUAGCACUCUUGCACCUUUAUAGUCUGCAUCUAAGAUGGAAUUCUCUCUUCUUCAUAACUACUAAAGCUGCAGGAGUCCUAGUCUUUUUUUUUUUAACCUGGCCGCCUUACUGGCAGUCCAGUCCCAGCCUAAUCCUCAGGAUUCCAGCACCUGACCCCCAAGAUGACAGCUGUAUCCUAAGGCAUACACCCCUUCUGCAACUUCGCCUCCACACUGCUUCCAAAAAAAUUGACAAAGUGUAAUGCCUCUCCAGGUUGGACAGCAGCAGUUGCUCCUUCAGAGUUUUCCCUUUUGUGCCUCAGCUGCUCAUAUUUUCAUGACACCAGCCAAUGGGAGCAAGCUGCACAAGCUCCUAAGGCAGGCAUAGGCAAGCUGGGCCCUCCAGAUGUUUUGGGACUACAACUCCCAUCAUCCCUGACCACUGGUCCUGUUAGCUAGGGGUGAUGGGAGUUGUAGUCCCAAAACAUCUGGAGGGCCGAGUUUGCCUAUGCCUGUCCUAAGGCAAGGAUGGUGAACCUGCACCCCACCAGGUGGUGGUGGUGGUUUAUAGCUCUCACCACCCUUGCCCAUUGGGCUUGCCUGAAGAUGCAUAGUGAAGAGGGACUGCCCUACUCAGUGCUCUCAGUGUUUUGAGCUGUGCAAGAGCACAUUUGUACAGGUUGCUAUUUAUACACUGGAAGGGCACGAAGCAAGCACCUGCUGCGUGGUCAGAAUGCUCUUUCAAGUGUGCUGUAUGCUACUUCACACAUUGACUGAUGCCAUUAUAGUUUCCUGUGUACCUGGUGUCUUUGCUGGCAAAGUCCUGCAUUUUGUAACGUUGUAAUAAAACAUUCUUAUCAAACACAUUGUGGCUAUAUGGUCAUGAAUCAUUCAACUGCACUGAUACCCACAGAAGCUGAUUCACAACCCAGUUAAAUGAAAUUGGAUUGAUGCUAAUUUAGCUCCACUGAAGAGUGAUGGGUGAGGCUUAUGACAUGUUUAUUGAUGAAGGCUGCAAUCCUUUGCACACUUUUUUAAAAAAUAGGAUGUAUGUCUCCAUGUAGUCUUGGGGGAGCUUGAGACCUAUUUAUGUUGGUGGGAGUUGUGCAUAUAGCAUAUGUGGCCAUUGGGAUUUUUACUAUGAAUCCUUUCGAUCAUGCUCCUUGUGGGAAAGAAGCAGCCAAAGUUUAUAAUUAUUCCCAUUCAUAAGAACAUAACAGCUUGCUGGAUCAGACCAAAUAUAUAUCUAGUCCCUCUUGUACUUUCAACAGCCAACCAGAUGCCUAUAGGAAGUUGGUCAGGGGGACUCAAACCCAAGAGCCCUCUCCCCUCCUGGGGUUUCUAGCAACUGUUGUUCAGAAGCACACAGCAUCAAACCAUGGAGGAAGAGUGUUGCAGCCAUAAUGAAUGCUCACUCCUCUGAUUGUGGGUGCCCUUUGCGGGACCAUGCACAGCACCCCCAAGCAACGUGGGACUUACCAGCUGGUUGUGCUGGCCUGGCUCCCUGAUGUUGCAGUUGCUGGAGGUUCAUGCCAAACCCCGGUUCAAAUAAUCCAAUCAGUGGCAUUGGUGGAGGCGGGGCCAGCCAAGCGGACCAGUGAGUGAGCAGGCUUCAUUCAGGUCUGCUGGAGGUGAAUAUAAGGAGGCGGAGCCAACAGCAAAGCAUGGCUUGCAGUCAUUAUCUCCAUGAAUGUGUUUAAUCCUUUUAAACUUUAAGUCAUCCAAGUUGGUGGCCAUCACUGCCUCCUUCAUUUCAAGGGGAGGCAUUUAAGAGAUGCUACAUUUAUGAAGGCCCUCCCUUCUCAGGUCCAAUUAGUAUCGCCUCUUCUGGUUUUCUGGUGCCAGCUAAAAAUGCAUUCAUUUGCCCAGGUCAUUGGUUGAUUUGUUCAUUGGCAGAGAUAGGGGUGGCUGUGCUUCUGGAUUGAUGCAACUUGCAGGGGGCAGGGUGAUGUAACCUUUUAUUGGUUUGUAUAAUAUGCUUGAUUACGGUUCUUAAAUUGUACGAUGCACUGGGGUUAUUUUGAGAUAAUUUAAUAUAUUUUAAAAUGAUUAUUAUUUUAAGGAACAGCAGGGGCUAGAUAUCCUUUAAAAUAAAUAAAAACACAACUUCAUCUCUCCCAUUGAACUCCAUGAGGCUUAUAAAUGGUGAAUCUUGGAUUGUACAUAAUGCUGGCAACAUAAGCUCCAGGGGUCCACUUGGCUUUUGGUAUCAUUCAUAGGUACAGUGGACCUGCAACUUACUUUCACUUCACAAAUGUGAUCGCAACCUUAUGCAGGUGGGAGGGAAUAAAUAAAUAAAUGAGGAGCAGGGGGAACCUGUUGUUCCCCUCUCUCCAUUUAUCUCUCCGCACCCCUGCCCAUGCACCCAGCAGGUUCCCCUUGCUUACCAAGCUCUGGGAAGGAGAUGUGAGGGCUUUGGGAUGCUCCAAGAACUCCUUUCGCCUCUUCUGGAAGCAUCCCAGAGGCUAGCAAGGAAAGUGCUGUCUCGCUUACUGGGCUCUGGGAAGGUGGCAGGAGGACUCUGCUAGUUCACCUUUGUGCAAGGGACCCAGAACCAGACCCUUGUGUAAGUGGCGGGCCAACUGUAUAUGUCAAUCGUUUUAGGUUUUGUGUGUAAAGUCUAAACUGCUUCAGAAGGCAUCACUAGUGAAGGACCGCUGGAUGGUUAAGUCCAGUCAAAGGCUGGAUAGGGUUGCAGCGCUCAUCUCGCUUUCAGGCAGAGGGAGCCGGCGUUUGUCCACAGACAGCUUUCUGGGACAUGUGGCCAGCAUGACUAAACCACUUCUGGCACAAUGGAACAGCAUGACUGAAGCCAGAGCGCACGGAAAUGUCAUUUAUCUUCCCACUGCAGCGGUACCUAUUUAUCUACUUGUACUGGUGUGCUUUUGAACUGCUAGGUUGGCAGGAGCUGGGACAGAGCAACGGGAGCUAACCCCAUAACACAUGGGGAUUCGAACCGCCAACCUUCUGAUUGGCAAGCCCAAGUGGCUCA